CUCCAGCCUCUCACCAGAAUUGGGGCCAAAAUUGGCUUUUAUUUGACGCCAAAUAUGAGCGGAUGGAGGAAAUGGUUGAUAUGGAGGCGCCAGAAGUGGAAUGAAUUGGCAUCUCUUCAUCACAUAAAGUGCUAUAUAUUUGAUGACAAUAUCAUCAUAAGUGGCGCCAAUUUAAGUGACAUCUACUUCACGAACAGACAGGACAGGUAUAUACUGUUGCGGAACUGUCCGCAUAUUUGCGACUAUUUCGAUGAACUCAUCCAAACCAUCAGCUCUUUCUCACUUCAACUCCAAACGGACGGCCAGUUCGCUCUUCACGACAACUGGUCUUACGAUCCGUUAAACUAUUUCUCGAGAAAUGAAUUUAAAACCGAAGCCAAGAGACGAAUCGAUGAACUUAACGAUCGGUUUAGGAGUAAAGCCGACUCUAAUGAGUUAAACAAAUGCAAUACAAUUGCCUUUCCUUUGAUACAAAUGAAGACUUUGGGCAUAAGUGAUGACCAGUACUUCACAUCACAAUUGUUAGCUAAUUACUUAAGACUCGCUUCCGGUUAUUUCAAUUUAACCGAUGAAUACAAACAAAUGAUAUUAAGUCGAAAAUGGGACCAACCAUUCAGACUAUUAAUGGCCUCCGAGAGCGCCAAUGGAUUCUUUGGUGCCAAAGGAGUGACAGCUAAUAUCCCUCACGUGUACACACUAUUAGCCAAUUCGUUCUUAAGGGACAUCAAUGACAAGAAGUCCAAUGUUGUGGUUCACGCCUUCUCACGGCCCGAGUGGUCGUUCCACGCGAAGGGGUUGUGGUUAUCGUUAGACUCGACACACUUCCUAUCAAUGGUCGGUUCGCCUAACUUUGGCUACCGGUCUGUAUAUCGUGACACUGAAGCACAAGUGGUUAUUAUCACUAAAGACUCUGAUCUGAGACAAAGACUUGAAGAUGAAAGCAAUCAGUUGUGGAAACACUCCUCUCUUAUAAACAAUGAAAUUAAUUCGUCUGUAAUUCCCUUUUGGGUGACUUUAGUGUCCAGAAUUGAACAAAUCGACGGAUCGAAGGGUGUGGCAAAAACUGAGCCUGAGCUGCCUGUGCUGGCUAUAGCUGUGUCCAUAUAG